GUGUGUUUGAGCUGUCGUGUGUUGGUGUCUCUGUAUUCAGGCAGUAAAAUGGCAGAAGCCAGAUUUUCUCAGGAUGAGUUCAUGUGUUCAGUGUGUCUGGGUCUCCUGAAGGAUCCAGUGACCAUCCAGUGUGGACACAGUUACUGUAAGAGCUGUAUUACAGGCUGCUGGGAUCAGGAGGAUCAGAUGAGAGUCUACAGCUGCCCUCAGUGCAGACAGACCUUCAGACCAAGACCUGCUUUAGCUACAAACACCAUGCUGACUAAACUGGUGGAGAAACUGAAGAAGACCAAACUUCCUGCUGACUGUUACGCUGGAGCUGGAGAUGUGCAGUGUGACGUCUGUACUGGAAGAAAAUACAAAGCCGUCAAGUCCUGUCUGAUGUGUCUGAACUCUUAUUGUCAGAAUCACCUUGAACAACAUGAGAUUUUCUUUAAAGGAAAGAGACACAAUUUGACUGAAGCCACUGGACGACUGCAGGAGAUGAUCUGCCAGAAACAUCAGAAGAUCCUUGGGGUUUUCUGUCGCACUGACCAGAAAUGUAUAUGUACGCAGUGUGCGAUGGAGGAACAUAAAAACCACAACACCGUAUCAGCUGCAAAACAGAGAACAGAGAAACAGAAGCAGCUGAAGAAGACGCAGAAGACGUUCCAGCAGAGAAUCCAGCAGAGAGAGAAAGAUCUUCAGCAGCUGAGAGAGGCUGUGGAGUCUCAUAAGCGCUCUGCACAGACAGCAGUGGAGGACAGUGAGAGGAUCUUUACUGAGCUCAUCCGCUCCAUUGAGAGAAGCCGCUCUGAGCUGAUACGGCUGAUCAGAGAUCAGGAAAAGCGAGCGGUGAGUGGAGCUGAAGGACGACUGGAGCGACUGGAGCAGGAGAUCAAUGAUCUGAGGAGGAGAGACGCUGAGCUGGAGCAGCUUUCACACACACAGGAUCACAUCCAGUUCCUGCAGAGUUUCCAAUCUCUCUCAGCACCUCCUCGAGCUACCGAUGUAAAAGACGAUUCCCUCACUUCUCUCACCUCUUUUGAUGGUCUGAGAGAAUCUGUCCAUCAGCUGAGAGACAAACUGGAGGAUUUCUGCAAAGAGGAGCUCAAGAAGAUCUCAGACAGAGUCACAUCCACCAACACUGAUCCCAGGACCAGAAACCAGGACUUCCUACAAUGUAAGUCAGCAAGAAAACAAGCAGAAAAACUCUCUGAGUGUGUUCAUGUUCUUCCUGUAGAAGGUGAAAGAAAACAUGAUAGAAGAGGCACAUCCACCAACACUGUUCCCAGGACCAGGAACGACUUCCUACAAUAUUUCCAUCAGCCCACUCUGGAUCUGAACACAGUGAAUAAACACCUCCGUCUGUCUGAGAACAACAGAGUGAUUACUGACACUGGCACAGUCCAGCCGUAUCUUGAUCAUCCAGACAGAUUUGAUGGGUGUCAGCAGGUGUUGUGUAGAGAGAGUGUGUGUGGACGCUGUUACUGGGAGAUUGAGUGGAGUGGAGAUGAUGGUGUGGACAUAUCAGUGUCAUAUAAGAGCAUCAGCAGGAAGGGACAGGGUGAUAAGUGUGCGUUUGGAUUCAAUGAUCAGUCCUGGAGUUUGAUCUGCCGUCCGUUCAGUUACUCCUUCCUACACAAUACAAUAUGGACUUUUCUCCCUGUGUUUCCCAUCAUCAGUAGAAUAGGAGUGUAUGUGGAUGAGAGUGCAGGAACUCUGUCCUUCUACAGCGUCUCUGACACAAUGAACCUCAUCCACACAGUCCAGACCACAUUCACUCAGCCGCUCUAUCCUGGGUUUUAUGUUUAUUACAAAUCAUCAGUGACACUGUGUUGAUGAAUCAGAAUAGACUGAUGAGAGAUUCUACCCAUAAUGCUUUGAGCUGCAUGAUAAAUCACUAGCAGUGACAUGUCAGAAUAACAGUGAGAGUCUCUUCUUUUCUUUGUCUUUUUUAUUGUUUGCACACUAAAAGUUGUAUAGUUGAGGCACAUGCAGUGAAACAGUAUCUUCAGAUCAAGUAUGGAAAACUGUAAGCACGUUAUCUGCUUUACACUAAGCUUGAAAUUGAAAAACAAACUUGUUGCAAAAUGCUAAAUACAGUUCUCUACAUAAAAUAAUUCAAAAUUUAAAUGCCACACUUGUUCACUGAUUACCUACAUGCAAUCAUGUGUGAAGGCAUUUAUAUAUAAAUUGUACCCCCUUGCAUUACUUUUUAUAGUGAAAAUAUACCUAAGUUGGUCACUUAGAAAUCAAAACUCAGUGUUUUAAGACACGUUUUUUGCCAUUUCAAGGCACUGCAUUCCAAAAUACCACACCUAUGAACCAGUUGAUCAAACGACUCCUUAAGUGCAGAAUGGGGUCCUCCAUGCCAACUAGGGUCCUUACAACACACCUCACGUACUCAUAUUUUUAGACCGACUAUACAACAUCGCUCUGGUUUCACGAGCAUUCAUCUGACUGAUGCAGGGUCUAUGCAAGAAUGGACUGGCUAUUUUAUUGUAUUAAUUAUGCAUAUAAAUAUGUCCUAAAUUUUUUGUUCAAAAUGCAGACUUUGGAAAUGCAUGGAUAUUGACAGAUUUUGUAAUGUGGAGAUAAAUAAAUGUUUUCA